CUUGCUUUGGGUGACAUAUUAUUUAUGCGGGGUAACCUUUUCUGAUUUUUAUUUUUAUCGUAGAACUGUAUUCCGCAUCAAGUGCUUUUUUUCAGUUAGGGUUACAUUUGCAUAUUCUUUCAGUGACAUUAUCAACCUUCAAAUCCGUUACUUUUUUCUCAUAAGAGGGGUGGCAAUUUAAGUAGUAAAUAGUUUCUUGAAAAAUGUAUCUUGACGACGAAUCCCCGCCCUCAAGCCCCAAGGGAGCUCCUGCCUCUUUACUCAUGGAUGGGGAUAACACAAUUGCUUUAGGUCAUCAACUGAGUGAUAUUUUUUCAAACCUCAUUUCCACACCUGAAUCACGACCGAUGCGUUUGGAGGAGUGCUUAAAUGCACUCACAGACACCCUUUUUGCACAUGCUAACACCAUUGCGGGGAAUGAACGGUUACAGCAGAUGGUUCUUCGUCUGGUAGAUAGUGUGUUUGAUUCUUCGACAGAUAAAGGAUGUCGUGUAUUUGAAGUAGUUUUUGAUCUACAAUGGCGUGAUUUGCACGAGAAACGGAGUCGUUGUUUAUCUCUUCUUCUAAAUCAUGCUUUGAAGAAGGAAUCCAGCGAGGAUUGCCGGGUGAUUUUGGAGACCGCGGCUGAGGUUCUGAAAGAACACGCGCUCUCCACCACAGAUAUGAUUGAGGAGCACCUUUCGAAGCUCACGAGUAUUUUGAAGACCUCCCCGAAAACGACGCGUCGGGCCGCGAGCUGUAAUAUCUUGGCGGCCUUUAUCGCCACCUCAGCGCCGAUCAUCAAACGGAACCCCGCGCAGCUGGAGCUGCUGAAAUCCGUCUGCCUCCCCUCUGCCCUUCUGCAGACGGCGGUGGAGACGACGAACGGGUGGUACCGCACCGCUGUGAUCGAUUUGUUGAACAUCAUGGUAACGGAGAACUGCUAUGAGGUUUCACUCCAGAUGGCCACGCAGAUCGCGGAUACGAUGACGCACUACAUGGCGACCGUGACGGGGGAAACGCAGCUCAAAGGCGUUCUUUACAUCCUCUCAAGCAUGGCCACGGCGCCGGCGUUUCGAAGCGCGUCGUGGAAUUUGCCGGCGAUCGCGGGGUUCCUGACGGAGCGAGAUUGGUCCUUCGUUUCGAAGCAAACCAAGGCGGCCCUCGCGUACACUACGGGUAAAGUCGCGUACGUGUUGUAUGGUAAGGAUAACGUCCUGUAUGAGCGUCUGUCGUCUCGGGUGCUGAUGUUUACGGAAUCAGAUGAGCUUGAGGUGGUAGGGCAGUGCUUGGAUGUUCUGGUGGAGGUGUUAAAAAGCGAACGUGGGCUGAGCAAUGUCACGUCGUGUGUCGAGGCAAUGCAGAACUGUAUUUACCGAAUCGUCCCAUAUACCCCGAAAAUUUUCGAAGUCCUUGAGCUCAUACGAUCUCGGUAUGGCGAGAAGGUAAUUGAGCCCAUUUAUUCAGUUAUUGAUGUGUAUAUGAACUCCGAUGAUGAUUUAGUGAACUAUGGAAAACUGAAUGCACUGAUUCGUUUUAAAGGGAAGAAGUUAGAUCUCAACCGUCCCGAGUUUCAGUCGCUCCCAAUCACUCUAUCCAUGGCGAUGACGGAUCCGGUUCUGAUUCGUUCGUUGCCCAUGUUAACAACACUAGAACGGACAAAUCAGCUUGAGGAUGCAGUCGAAAUGCUUUUUCACGACACCCCAGCGGUGCGGCUUGGUGCGCUAGAAACGGUCGUAGCACUUUGCGAAAUUAUAUUCACAAGAGAGAAUUCGUCCCAGGAAAAUCCCAAAGGUUUAAAUAAUCGCAUCAACUACGCGGUUGAAAGCAUUUUAGAUGUUGCGGUUGCCGAUCGAGAUCCAACGGUCCGCCACAAAGCUUUGAAGCUUUUCUCGCCCCCUUUCUACCCGUAUCUCUGUUUGCCGGACAAUAUAAAUGCCAUCUAUAUCGCUAGUAACGACACGUUUAAAGCUACCCAAUACGAGUCUUUGAUUCUGCUCUGUAGGCUUUAUUUAUAUUAUCCUGAGAUAAUCCACCCGGAGUUAGAGCGUCUGCAAGGGUACGUUUUACGUGACGUGGACGCACUCAACUCGUCCAUCUCUCUUUCCAUCUACCGGGUUGGCCUGUUGCAAGUGUGCAGCGAUCAUCAUUCUCUUUUGUUGGAUCCUGAAUCGGUCGAGCGAGUAAUCUUGAAGCAUCUUGUUCACCAGCCCUUUGUUUCGAAGAAACUAUCGAUUGCUUUGUUGGAGCUUCUGAAUUCCAUUAUGGAGCACUCUGGGCCGGACCAUCACUGCAGCUUCUCUGAAAUUUCUCUUCCGAUUAUUGACCUUAUUAAUAGCAGCGACUCCAGCCGACGCAGGCAUUGCGCGUUAACCACCCUUUGCUCCCUUUUGACAACACUUCAUAUCCCCAAUGACAAGAUUCUCAUUGACAUUUACCGUAGUAUUGUCCGAAUUAUUCGAUGGGAGGACGAAGAGGAUAAUUACGUGGUCGUUGCCGCUAUGAAAGUUAUCGGCACCAUUGGCGCCGUCAACCCGGUGAAAAUACGCCCUAUCCUGAGUGUUCUGGAUACCGAUGAGGUACAAAAAGAAGUGGUGGUGACGCCCGCGCUCACACACUUCAAGCCUCACUUUCGAUUGCACACCAAUAUGGCUGAGCGCUACCCAUCUGUAGUACUUUACUAUAUGGUCAAAGCACUACAGUUGACGAUUGAUCCUAGGCCGCAGGCAGAAAUUCUAGCGGCGAUACGCAGCAUGUUAAGGGAGAUCCCUGGUAACCAAGAGGCUCUUCUUCUUACGCAUCUUUUUCCUCAGCUGCAGAUGUGGCUUUGUGAGCUUGAUAAGACCCAUUUGUAUGAAACAACGUUGCUUCUCAUGAUCGAUCUGGCGGUUCUUUUGCGGCAGUACAAGGAGGUCGUCCCCUCCGCGACCGGACGUAUGCUUCUGAAAUCUAUCAAGCUCUUUUCCUCGAUGCCACAGGCAACUCAGAAGCCGCUCAGCACGUAUGUCGUACAGUUACUAGAUGAACUGGCCAAAGGUCUUCCAUCGCAGGAGAUGCAGGACCACCGCUGGGCGGUUGAGUUUAUUCAUCAGCGUCUUCUUCAAAACAAGAACGAUCUAGACCUUGUCCAGCGUGUGGUGAAGUCACUUGAGUCCUUCUCCUCAGUUAUGCAUGAAAAAGACAUUCAGCUCAUUUUACCGCAUGUACUGCGGUGUAUCGAACCAGCUAAGGCCACACCAGCCCCGCAUCGACCCAAGAUGAAGGUCAUUAACGAUGCUUGCUUCGAUUUUCUCAAUUACAUUAUGCUCAAAGAUAUGCGAUUAAUUAAGGAUUGCUGUGCACAAAUCGUGCACAUCAUUUUGUGGUACAUUGAGCUCUCUGACAGUGAGGAGGAGAUGAAUAUUGGGUUGGACACGUUGGCAAACCUCAUGAAUGUAUUAGAAAAGCCAACUAAGCGGUUUAUUAGACUUAUUGAGCAUGUUGCUGAACAAAGUGGUUAUCCUAGUGGCUACUUCCAGAAACUUAUACAGUUGGCUGGGUGCGGGAUGAAGGUUCAAUUUCCGAUAGGGAACAACGCAGAUUUUAAUCCCGACCUACCGCUUCGAGUAGUCUCACAUCUGCCUAGACUUUCUAAACAAAAUUUUACGAAAGAACUUCAAUCUCUCUUUCACCUGACUGAAAAGGAUUAUGAAAUUCUUGCGGUAGCUCACAUCGAUGGGCAGACAGUCAUUGACUUUCGAUUCACUGCUGGACCAGAUAAAAAUGCAUGUUUUAAUCUCUUCACACGCAAAGCACAAGAUCGAAAUUCAGCUUUGAGGCGCAAUUUGGGUAUCUUGAAGCUUGAGCAGUGUGUUGAGAUGUUGCGGGUGGUGGAUUGUGAAAUUAUUAAUGCCAUUGCCAUGAUUCCUUCCGCCAAGAGCUGCAAGCGUGAGCAAUCGUGGAUCUCAUGGCUUCACAACACCUCCGUGCUGCUUUUGAAGAAUUCACCGUAUUCGCCGCUGCGCUGCGCUGCGGCAACCGCAGACCGCAAUAGGGAGUUAGCACGGGAUUUGUUUCCUUUUGCAGCAGUGGCUAUCAUCUCGAAUUUGCCACAACAGGCGCAGAUAAAAAUUCUCCGCAUCUUUAGCAACGCUCUGGAGCUUUCCCCGAUGGACACGAAGCAGACUCUUUUUACCUUAGCUGAGUUCAUGGAGUCCAAACAGGUCUGCCAAAAGCCAAGACUUGUUACCGUUCAAAAGGAAAAGGUCUACAUCGUUGAGCGACCCAGUCCCGACAUGAAGUUUGGAAUUAAGUACGACCAAUACCCAAACCACGGAAUUGUCAUCACGAAGCUGACGCCCGAUGGCUUUGGUGCUAUUUCAGGCGUUCCGCUUAGGGGGCAGCUAAUCGCGAUUAACCACAAUCCAGUACAUAACAUCUCAGAUAUCGCCGGCAUGAUUGAGGGCCUUAAUCGUAUUGAGCUCACUAUUUCUCACUCGGUUGAGGAGCUUUUAUCACCCGAGAUGUGUAUUCUCAUGGACAUUGAGAAGCUAGCCAGAGUCGCUUUUCAGUCCCAGAUGCACGCUAAGGCCAUUUACUUCAAUGAGGUGCUGUUCGAAAAACUCAAAGCGGACUUAUCAAGGAAUACAGAGGCUGAAAAUGAAGCGGCAAUGCGGCGUCUACUAGGCGUCGCGGAGCGACUGAUCGAAUUUUAUGGUCAUUUAAACCUUACCAUGGCAGCUAGCGGACUUGUUAAGUAUCUUACGAAUAACUUCUCUGAUAGCAUUAUUUCCCCAAAGAGGCUAUGUGUUGAGGAGCUGAAUAUUCUUGAGCAGCUUCAUUGGUGGAAAGAGGCACUUAAACGGUAUCAGCUUUUCCUCAACAGUCAUAGCGACGGUCCUGUGAACUUGCACGCAUUUUUAGGCAUGCUGCGAUGUGAGGAGGCACUGGGCAACAUGGCAAAGGUGAAUGAGGUCAUUGAACUGCAUUGGGGGCAUUUGGACGAGAAAUCCAAACGUGAGGUCGCACCGCAUCGCGCCAAGGCGGCGUUUCUGAUGGGUGAGUGGGACAAAAUCGACCAACUGGCUUCGGAUCCAUUUCUCCUUGAGAAGUUUGGGCAGGUGGAGCGCUGCGCCGCACUCUUUCGCCGCAAGGAGUAUGAUCAACUUCUUGCGUACACCCAAGCCAGUCGAGAGUCCAUGCUUGAAUCCUUUUCAGAUUCUUUCAAUGAAAGCUACAGCCGCUCCUACAACGGAAUUGUGGAGUUGCAAAACUUGACUCAUUUUGAGGAACUUGUCUCUUUUGUUCGUUCACAACCAGAUCGAAGGCUGAUGCUCAAAAAAUUGUGGCAACGCCGAAUUUCAAACCUUUCCUCAAGGUCAUCAAACUGGAAAACAAUGAUAUCUAUAAAUUCACUAGUGCUAACACCACAGGAGGACCUGGCUUCAGAGAUCAUGGCAAUACACAAUUUCACUAAGAUGCACUGGCACCAAAUUGCUGAACAAAUGCUUGAUAAGCUCCUGGGGCACGACCCCCCGGUGAAUGUCCUUCUGGAGCAGGACCCUGGUCUGAUCCAUGCGUACAUAAUGCAUCUCUCUGAAACCAAAAGUCGACAGGAAGCAUACAACUUGUUAAAGAACAUCCUACUGCAGGUUCAAAUUAAAAAUGACGAUCCCCAAGCGAGGGAGUGGGGUAUGAACUGGCUCCUCUUAGGUGAGUGGACGAUGAGUCUGUCCCCGGGAAAUGGUGAAGAGGCCAUUGAGGAAUUGCUUCGGGCUGCACAGCUCGCCCCAGACAAUUCGGCAGCGUACCACACCCUGGGUAUUCUCCACUAUGAUCUCUCACGUGAGCAAUCGAUACCGUUGAAAGUCCAGACGGAGCACCAAAUUUCUGCAGUUGUUGCCCUCUUUAAGUCUGUUCAGCUUCUCAGUGACCAUUCUAACAGUAAUGUGAUGCAAGACAUCUUGUUAAUCUUAUCCAUUUGGUUUGGUCAUUCCACCGUUGCGGAUUUAAACGAGGCGGUCAGUAAGGGUGUUCGGAUGCUGCCGGACCAUGUCUGGUUGCACGUUAUUCCUCAGCUUAUUGCACGGAUUGGCAUCACUGCAAGGCUAGCAAGAUUUAUUCUGGAAGAGCUUUUGGUACGUGUUGGCACUUCAUACCCGCAUGCCCUCAUUUAUCCCCUUACUGUUGCCGAAAAGUCCCCAGAAGCGAUCCGACGGCGGAUGGCGGAGGAGGUAUUAGCUGGUAUUCGCGUCACAAACAAUCAACUCGUGGACGAAGCUUCCUUGAUCAGUAAUGAAAUGGUUCGCAUUGCCAUUCUCUGGACUGAAAAGUGGCAUGCCGCGAUUCAGCAAGCGGCUUACAAUCCUGACGAUGCAGUCGGAAUUAUGAAGCUUCUCGCCCCAUUGUACGACGAACUAGGUCAUGCUGUGACCCCAAACGAGCGCAAUUUCGAGAAAACUUUUGGACAACUUCUGAUGCGUGCGAAGGCUGAACUUCAGGAAAGGGCUUUCGAUAGGGCGUGGGUGUUUCUGAAGCAAGCCUACACUCAUCUUUCUAAGAUCUUGUGUGAGCGUCGCUUGUAUAUGAACGAUAUCUCGCCGACCCUUGACAGCAUCCGCGACAGCAUCGUGGCGGUACCAGGCACCUUUUCUCAUGGGAGUUCACUUGUUACGAUACAAAAGUUCCGCACCUAUAUUUCUGUGAUGCCCUCUAAACAGAAGCCUAGACGUUUUGGCAUAGAGGCUUCUGAUGGGAAAACAUAUUAUUUCUUGCUCAAAGGUCACGAAGAUAUGCGGCAAGAUGAGAGGGUCAUGCAAUUUAUUGGACUCAUCAACACUAUUUUUAUGUCUGACAAUUCGGCCACUUCGAUUGGACUUACAAUUCUGCAGUACGUCGUCAUUCCGUUAACCAACAAUGUUGGCAUUAUUGGCUGGGUUGAGAAAACUGAAACCAUUUACAAAAUGCUAGAGACGCAUCGACGCGAAACUGGUGUCUCUAUAUAUGAGGAAAUCAAUUUGAUAAUCAAGAAAGGAGAUUUACUUAAUAUUGACGAAUAUCAUCACCUGCCAAAGCAGCAGCGCAAGGCUUUACUCACCUACGCGAUGGAAUGCACACCUGAUGACGAGUUGUGUCGUAUUUUUUGGAAGCUCAACGACAGCUGUGAACAGUGGUUGAACUAUCGUAACAGGUACGGGUUUUCCCUUGCGGCAAUGUCCAUGGUUGGCUAUGUUCUGGGUCUUGGCGACCGCCAUUUGAAUAACCUUAUGCUCAACGCGAAUGGGAUGGUUGUCCACAUCGACUUUGGAGAUUGCUUUGAGGUCGCAAUGCAGCGUACACUCUAUGCCGAAGCUGUACCAUUUAGACUGACCCGUCUGUUAGUUGCAGCACUAGGGAUAACUGGCGUGGAAGGUGUGUAUCGUUUGACAUGUGAGCUCGUGAUGCGAAAUCUGCGUCGAAACAGUGAAAACCUCCUCACGAUUUUAGAAACCUUCAUCUACGAUCCUCUCAUCAAUUGGCGAUUGACCGUACCAACGGAGGGUAGCGAGAAAGUGACUUCUUUCCAUGCAGAAAUUGUUUACGCUACAAAUAACGAACCUCCUAUACUUAAAGGCAAGGGGGUUGUCCAAGAUAAGGGCUCUAUGCAGUUAUCAAAAACCUUUGCGAAGGUUUUACAUCAUAUGGCGGCGCUCUCCACGGAUACCACAAACACGCUUGAAAAUGGGGGUGAAGAGGAAAUAAGAAAUCAACAGGGAGACUUAGCACUAGCGCGUGUGCGUGCUAAGCUUACUGGACAAGAUUUCGAUGUCACUAACAACUCCUUUUCUAUGUACCGAUCUUCACGACGUGCAGAAGACGAGAAUUCAGCCUUAAAAGACAUAUCCCUUUCAGGUUCAGUUAAUCCCAUUCAGUUUGCUGAAUCAUUGAAAGAUUCAUUUGCCGGCCUACCACCUAUGCAGACAUCAUAUUUGUCACUUCGGGCGCUCCUUGAUGGCACAGAUAGUCUUGAUAUUCAGCAACAAGUAGACAAACUCAUAUUGGAAGCUACAAGUAUAGACAAUCUAGCAAAUGCAUACCUGACGGGUUGGGCUCCAUUUUGGUGA